UCCCUCGUAAAUUAUAAUGAUAAUGAAUAGUAUUCCAACACCACCCGAAUCACCAGAGUUAGAUUAUUUACCAUUUGAUAGUAGCCCAUUUGAAGGAAUCAUGUGUGGAACAUGUAAUAAAGCUCUUGGGCCAGACUGGUUUUGUUCAGAUUGUCAUAGAAAAUGCGAUAAUUGUAAUCGAUUUUUAUGUGAUGAUGACGGAUAUUGUUCUCGAUGUUGGGUAUUUGAUCCAGUUCAACAAAGAUUGAUACAAAAGAUUGAAAAACGUUAUUCUUCUCCAUUUCUUCAAGCCUUUUAUCAACAACAUUAUUAUCGAAAUAUAUUAGACUUUGCUUUAGCCUAUCGCCCUACUCUACCUUCAUUAAUGCCUUCCCCUUCAAAUUCAACAGGAUCCGAAUCUAAUAAUAAUAAUAAUAAUAAUAACGAAGUAAACUCUCAUAGCACCACAUUGUCAAAAUAAUUAUUUAUUGUAAAUAUAUACAACCUGUACUAUAUAUAUCCUCUGUUUUCUUUUCUCUCUUCCUCUCUCCUUCCCU